UCUUUAUCAGUUAAACAUUGCUUUGUGUUACUACAAAUUGCUAAACGUGCCAACUUUACUGUACUUUCAGUCAAAAUUAAGUUCUAGUGUUACUGUCUGAAGUCAGUUUGUGUCGUCUUUGAUUCAACUAAAGCAUUGCAAUGAUUGAAAAAGUUUGGUUCGACUAAAAGCAUUGCAAUGAUUGAAAAAGUAGUGUGAAUUUCACAAUUUAAUGUGUUUUACCGAGUAUAGCGUAAUACUGUUAUAUAAUGGAUGUAAAGUACAAACUAUUCUUUUUUUAUUUAAUUUAGCGUCCUGGCUCCUGGCCACAGUCAAGUUAACCUCCCCUCCCCCCACCUUAACAAGCCAGCACACCGACACGGAGGAGCACACUUGUGUCUCAGUGAUCCAGGAUGAGUUUUAUCGAAUAACAAUGGUUCAUCUUGAAUCAAAGUUCAUGUCCAAGCUGGACGAAUUUACGCAUCAACUAUUAAAACUCUUCCAUACCAAGGGCGGAAGCAUGGGGCUGCAGUUGCAGGCUAUCUUACUCAAGACUCCAAGCAACCCAAAUAUCCACAUGAAGAGAGAGAUCGUCAUUAGAUGUUCGAUGAAGUUCCUCGGGGAAUCGUCAGAGCAACUCUUAAGAGAGUACGAUGAUGCUGAUGAGGACCGAAUACUCCAAGAUCUUGCACUUCAAACAUUGAAGAUCUACAUCAAACCGAACCCAUCAGAGGCACCAGACAUCGGUAUUGUGGUGGAGGGCGUCAAAGUGCUGACUGGUCUGGAAAAUCUUCCGAGGGCUUGCUCCCUUCUGGUUGGGAUUGCUUAUGUGUUGAAUCUCGCAUAUCCAAAGGAACUCAAGAACACAUUUGAAGUGUUUCAAAAACUUUUCCUUGGCCUCGAUGAUACAAAGCUCUCCCCAAAAAUCAAUAGCUUGAAGAACAGGCUACUGGCCUAACAGAAGAGACCUUUGUUGUGAAAUUGUUAAUAGUUUAACAACAAAGGAAAAUUCAACAGAUUCUGUUGAAUUUUCCUUUGUUGUUAAUUUACAAUGUUGUUCAAUUCUUCGUGUUGUUAAAAUAUGUUCAUAUGUUGAAUUUUUUCUUGGUUGCUUCAAUGUUUUCUUGUGAAUUAUUAAAAGUAUGUUAAUAUGUUAAAUUUUCUAGUUUUUCAAAUAAAUGUUUUAUGCUGUUUAAUGCAUUGAAAUCUGUUGAUGUUUCUUGAUGCCACAUUUUACUUAAUUUUGGUCAGGAUAUUGGGUGAAUUAGACCCAUAAAAAUUAUGGCAACAAAGUGACACUCAAUAUUAUUGAGUAGAAUAAAAUCCCGUCAUACAAAUUAAAAUAAAAAAUUAGACAAUUAUUUUAGGUACAGAAAAAUAAAAACAGUGUAAAUGUGUUGAAUUAAGCAACAAUGUGCUAGAAUAUGAGUUGAUAUAACUUACUUUAUUUACUUAAUCCAAAUAAUUUUUAUGCAUAUACUUAGCAAAUGUGAAUCAAUUUCACCCAUGUAAUUAACAAAGAUAACUCAAUUUCAACUAGAUUAUCAAUAAAUAUGAAUCAGUUUCCUCCAGAUAUUCAGUGAAUGUAAAUUAUUUUUGCUCGAGAGUCUUAGUUAACAUAAAUCAGCUUUC